AUGACCAAAAAGGUCCCAUCUCCUAUUGUUCCCAAAAAGGGAAAACUUCGCUCUGUGCAGAAACGCCCCGCAACCAAGAAGACCGCAGCAUGGCAAGCGGUGAAGUACAUCCGGGAGAACCGCGGUGUCGGCCCUCGUGGUGUACGCAAAGAGCAAGUCAAACGGAAACGCAAUCUUCUCCAGCUUCUCCUAGCCUCCAACAAGAAUAUCGUCAAGAUGUUGGUGGCCGACGGUGUGCUUCCGAAUUGGAAGAACAAGGUCUGUCCGAGAUGCGAAACAGGACGCCUAUCCGAACUCAGGCUUCACAAUCCUAGCGGCCAACACAAGCAUCGAUGCUCCUCCCGCGCGUGCCAUGUUUGGAUCAGCCCACAAAAUCUGCAUCCACUCUUUACGGACGGGCGUGGAACGGGAGCACAGAGUUUGCAGAUGCAGAGCAGUCUCCUCUUGAUGAAGCUUUUGCGGGUACCUCAUCCUUCCAUUCAUCUUCUUCUGGACAUCAACCACAAAGCAAUCGAGGAUAUGGAAAAGCGCCUAUGCGAGCUCCGACGGGUAUUUGUGGAAAAAGAGGAGAAGAAGAUUGUCUUUGGAGAUGGCAAGAAUUGGAAAGAUGUUGAAGCAGACACUUGCGACAAAAUUGGUACCUAUUUGCUCGUGUCAUUGUUACAGGGCAAACAAUAA